GACGGAUUGUGGCUGCUUUAGCUCCGUGUUGUUCGCCGCCUGCUCCUCCAGAACGCCAUGCAACCCUGUCGCCCCGCCGUCCUGUGUGCCGCUCUCCUGCUGCUGUUCGCGGCCAGCGUUGCCGCCGAGUCGGUGAGAGAAACUGAGAUUAUGGACCCACAAAUGAACAUAGAGGAAUUUGCAUCUGGUGAUUUGCCAGAUGAUGAGGAUGCAAGGUCGGACUUAACGAUUGAUGAUGGUGAUUAUGAGGUCUCAGGUUCAGGAGGUGAAGAAGGCUAUACAGAUAUGGAGGAUACAGUGGCUUCUGCCAUCGAUAGUUCUGUGAGUUCCAUGGACAAUUAUAUUCCUGACUCCAAAAAAGAUACCAGGGAUGAAAGUGAAUCAGCUGUGAUAGACAAUGAGAUUAUUGUUCCCAAAAAAACACUUCCUGAAGGAGAAGACCUGUCCAACAAGAUCUCAAUGGCCAGCACAGCCAAUGGGAGCAUCUUUGAGAGAACAGAAGUGCUUGCAGCUCUUAUUGCAGGUGGAGCAGUUGGGCUCUUGUUCGCUGUCUUCCUGAUCCUCCUCCUCAUCUACCGCAUGAAGAAGAAGGAUGAGGGUAGUUAUGACCUUGGCAAGAAGCCCAUUUACAAGAAAGCGCCUACAAACGAAUUCUACGCCUAAGGCUUGCCAGUGCUUUACAUACCAACUUGGGAGGCAGAAAUAGACUUUGUUUAAAAAAAAAAGCAUUUGGACCAUGGACAAAAGGCUCUGAAACAAAUACUCUCUUGGAUCUAAUGUCAAACUGUUUUUUUGUUUUAAAAAACCCUCCUUUCUGACCCUUCCCACUAACUAAUGAGGAUAUAAAAUAAAUAGAAAAAACAGAGUCCCAGGAUGGGGAAGGGAAACCUCCCACGGAGUACCCUGUGCUUUAACAUGCAAAGGAAAUUUUUCCGAAUUUUAUGUUUGGGUGAAGGGGUUUGUAUAUGAAACUCUUGCAUUUGGUUGCAAUACUUCAGCUUACCUUGUUUUAUAGAAGGUGUUGAGAAGGCUGUCCCAUAGCCAGCUUAGGGAUCACAAAAGGUGUGACCAGCCACUGUCGUCUUUUUUAUAUAUAUAUAAAGAACUUAUUUAUGAAAUUUCCUACACUACGUACAUCGUAAAUUAGCCUGGGCCAUGAGCAAGUUUUUUUAGUAGCUCUGCCUGUUGUUUGGGUCUUGGUGAGAGAAGUGGCUAGGUGUAAAGAAAGAUUUCCUCCUCUGGAGAGAAGGAACUCGGUUGCCCACAAAAGCAAAUUAUUAGAGGAGAAUAUCAUGUCUUCCAUUUUGUGAUAGGAUAUUUUCAGUGAAGAGGAUUUCACUAAAAAUGUCAAUAGCCUGCCUAUACAAAUUCAUAAAAAAUACAGCUUAAUAAAAA